AUGGGCGUUGUGAGGGAUUGCGGUGGCCGUUGGGGCCGGGUCGAUGGGUUGGGCGGGAUGGUGGUUGUGAUGGUGGCCUUGGGCAAGGCGCAGAGCUGGCAGAAGGGCAAGGUUGGCAUGCAAGGCGGCGGCAGCCUGGCGAACCGCAUCGUAGAGUUCAGCGUCCUCUUCUUCAAGGAGGCCUGCUUCCAGGGGAGCGAGUUUUUGAUCGAGGUUGCUGAGGAGGUCAGCGGUGACGGCGAGGAGACGGGGGCGGUGGGAUGGGAUGGCUUCGGAAGCCAAGUCAACGAGGGCCAAGUUGACGAGCUCCAGGGAUCGUGGCAAGUGGCGGGGCUCACAGCGUGGGGUGAGGCGGGCCACGGCUUGCCAGAGGAGCAGGCGAAGCCAGGGCGGGGCUUCGGCAUGACGCACGGGGGCAACGAGUGCGAGGAGGGAGUCACGAGGAUGGCAAACCUCAACAACCGUCAUCAGCCAAUUAUCAAGUGCUUGAUAGGCUGCUGUGUGUUCGGGAAGAUGCUCGGGGGCAUGCUGGGCGAGGAGGGACAGCAUGUCAGCGAGGAGCAUGUCACAGAGUGA